GACGUGCCACGAGAAGCAACGAUUACCUGACAGUCAUUCAAGCAGAAACAUUAAUUCGUUUCCUUGUAAUGAGACGAAACUGCCAGCCAUAGCGCAUUAUAAAAUAAUAGGACUUAAUCUGCAACGAGCUUUUGUUGACGAGAUAGUUAAUGAUGCUUGGAACGAAACACAAAAUUAUACAGAUUAACAUACAAAUAUAAAGAUGCAUCUCUUGAACAGUAUAAUAGCUGUCUGUGUUAUUUUGUGUGCCUAUCAGCAUUCAGCUCAGGCAUGUGAAGAAGGUUGGUUUGGACCUGAAUGUCAAUAUAAAUGUCGCUGUCAACAAUCGUGUAGCCCUGAAGGUGAAUGCCCAGAUAAGUGUCAGGAUGGAUGGUUUGGUUACAAGUGUCAAUAUCGUCUUGUUCAAUACAAAGUAAAAACAUUUUAUUCCCAAGUUGAUCUCACAACUCUAUUAAAUGACAAUGAUGAGACUACGUGCAUUCAAAUCGAGGCUGAACAGAUUUUUAUAAAUUUAACUACAAUAUACUAUAACCCAUGGAUUCGAUUGUUUACACAGCAACCAGAUUUAUUAUACACAUUAGAAAUAUCUUUCCGGGAUAAUAACUCCCAAUAUGUAAAUGCAACAUCAAAGGAGAGAUUGUUAGUUCAAGAGAAUGUUGUAGAUAUUCACAUUUCAGUUAAUUAUGAUUUUAUACACUACAUUAUAUUACAAGGUGAAGCGAUACAACGAAUUUGUUCACUUUGGAUACUUUCUGGUCAGAAUGUGGCGACAAAACAGAAUGUCUACCAUAGUAAUUUAAGUAUAAGUCAAAUUGACACAGACUUACCACAGUAUCCUCAAGCUUCAGAUGGAGUUUAUACAUGUAACACAUAUGACUCUGAAAAUGCUGGGAUUUACUGGGAGAUUGUAAUGAACUCUUCAUUUGUUCUCAAUGAAUAUAGUUUUUACUUUAACGAUGUUUUCGGCGCCUCCAGAUAUUUCACAUUUCAAGGAUUUAAUAACGAUGGAGAAAUAUACAAUACAUUCAAAUCUUCUGAAAUAAAUUCAGCUAACGCAUAUGGUUUCAUCACAAGAGAUAAUACACUUACAAAAGCGUUUACUUUUGAAUUGACCAGCUCGUCUACCUAUACAAACCUUACACUUUUACUCUGUGAAGUAGAAGCUUUCACUGAAUGUAGUGAAGGAACCUGGGGUGUACAGUGUACAAACACUUGCAAUGAAGACUGCCCACACCUGUGCCGUUUUGAUGAUGGACUGUGUAAUAACGGUUGUUUCGGAUAUAGUGACCCACCGAGGUGUACAAUAGCAUGUGCAGCUGGAAGCUGGGGUUUAAACUGUACCAAGACAUGCAGCGAUCAUUGUUUAAAUUCAUUAUGUGACAGAGUAACCGGACUGUGUGACAUAGGAUGUAUUGGAUACAGUGAUCCCCCGCGGUGUUCUACAGCAUGUGAAGAAGGAAGAUGGGGUUUUAACUGUUCCAAAACAUGCAGCAAUCAAUGCUUCAACUCGACAUGUGAUAGAAUAACUGGACUUUGUGACAGAGGAUGCAUUGAAUAUAGUGAUCCCCCGUAUUGUACUAAAGCAUGUGGAUCAGGAACCUGGGGAUUAAACUGUACCAAGACAUGCAGCAAUUAUUGUCUUAUCUCUUCGUGUGACAGAGUAACUGGACUGUGUGACAAAGGAUGUAUUGGAUACAGGGAUCCCCCGCAUUGUACUACAGAUUGUGACACAGGCUUCUGGGGUAUCAACUGUAUUAACAAGUGCAACAGAUGUGUUGACUUAUCGUGCAACAGUAAAACUGGAUGGUGUGACAGUGGAUGUGUUGGCUUCAGUGACGCACCUUACUGCACCACCGCAUGUGCAACUGGAUCAUGGGGAGUUAACUGUACCAACAAAUGCAGCAACAGUUGUGUUGAAUUAUCAUGUGACAGUAUAACUGGAUUCUGUGAUCUAGGCUGUAUGCCUUCAACAAACUGUACUCUCUUACUCGAGGCUAGCGAAAGUUUUUCUCAACAGACUGUUUUAGCCAUUGCAAUAUCAAUAGCAUUGGCAGUGACACUAGCAAUAGUAAUUGGUUUUAUAGUUUUGAAAGUCAAUGGAAAAUUGCGUCUUAAACCAAAGGAAAAUGCUCAUGAUGUAACACAUUCCCCAAAGAUAGUAAAUGAUGAGGAUCCAUAUGACCAUAUAAGCAAGCUUGAGCACGAAGACUACAAUGAGGUGAACGAAAAGGAAGAUCCAAAUAUUUCAAACGGUUAUAAUAUGCUGGCAAAACACUCAUCAGAUGAGCAUGCUUAUCAUUUACAUACCAGCAAAGAAGGAAAUGGUUCUGAUGCUUAUUGUGAGAUGAAUGCACCUUGUGAAAGAAAUUCAUACAUUAAUGACCAAGAUCCAAACUAUUUGCUUGCCUCAUGUAAACCAGGUUCUGAAGCUAAUGACAUUGCAUUAGAUGUAGAGUCCGAUGGAAGUACUAGUACAUACUUGUAUCCUGUAAAUUUAAAUGUGAAUCAACAAAUAGAUUAUCUGAACGGGAACUCAUAUGAGAAGCAGAUCAAUUCAUUUUGAUGCUUCAGUAGUACACGAUGUAACUCGUAGUAUUAUUCACCAUAUUGACUCCCACACUAUUUAUAAAAAAUAAAUUAUUUUCAAUAGUAUUUGUCGUAUUUUUUUAC